GGGCCUCAGGGCCCCCCCCAGCUAUGGACGAGCGGCUGCUGGGGCCGCCCCCUCCGGGCGGGGGCCGGGGGGCCCUGGGAUUGGUGGGUGGGGAGACUGGGGGCCCAGGCGAGCCUCCCGGUGCCGGGGACCCCGGUGGGGGGAGUGGGGGGGUCCCGGGAGGCCGAGGGAAGCAAGACAUCGGGGACAUUCUGCAGCAGAUAAUGACCAUCACCGACCAGAGCCUGGAUGAAGCCCAGGCCAAGAAACAUGCCCUGAAUUGCCACCGAAUGAAGCCAGCUCUCUUCAGUGUCCUGUGUGAAAUCAAAGAGAAAACAGGUCUCAGCAUUCGAAGUUCCCAAGAGGAAGAGCCAGUGGACCCCCAGCUGAUGCGCUUGGAUAACAUGCUUCUGGCUGAGGGUGUCGCUGGGCCUGAGAAAGGUGGGGGCUCAGCAGCAGCGGCUGCAGCAGCUGCAGCUUCCGGGGGUGGCGUGUCCCCGGACAACUCCAUCGAACACUCCGACUAUCGCAGCAAACUUGCCCAGAUCCGCCACAUCUACCACUCAGAGCUGGAGAAAUAUGAGCAGGCCUGUAACGAGUUCACGACCCAUGUCAUGAACCUGCUGAGGGAGCAGAGCCGUACCCGGCCUGUGGCCCCUAAAGAGAUGGAGCGCAUGGUGAGCAUCAUCCACCGAAAGUUCAGCGCCAUCCAGAUGCAGCUCAAGCAGAGCACCUGCGAGGCUGUCAUGAUCCUGCGUUCCCGCUUCCUAGAUGCCAGACGAAAACGCCGUAACUUCAGCAAGCAGGCCACUGAAGUCCUAAAUGAGUAUUUCUACUCCCACCUGAGUAACCCAUAUCCUAGUGAGGAAGCUAAAGAAGAGCUUGCCAAGAAGUGUGGAAUCACUGUGUCUCAGGUCUCCAACUGGUUUGGCAACAAGCGAAUUCGCUAUAAGAAAAAUAUUGGAAAGUUCCAAGAGGAGGCAAAUAUCUACGCCGUCAAGACGGCCGUGUCGGUCACCCAGGGAGGCCACAGCCGCACCAGCUCCCCAACACCCCCUUCCUCUGCAGGCUCUGGUGGCUCUUUCAAUCUCUCAGGAUCCGGAGACAUGUUUCUGGGAAUGCCUGGCCUCAAUGGAGAUUCCUACUCUGCCUCCCAGGUGGAAUCUCUCCGACACUCCAUGGGGGCAGGAGGCUACGGGGAUAACCUCGGGGGAGGCCAGAUGUACAGCCCUCGGGAAAUGAGGGCAAAUGGCGGCUGGCAGGAGGCAGUGACCCCAUCUUCAGUGACAUCCCCAACAGAGGGACCAGGGAGCGUUCACUCUGACACUUCCAACUGAACUUGCCCCUCAGGGCCACAGGGCUGGGGUCUCACCAAGCGACCAGAGAGGACUCAGGCAUCCAGAGGACAAGCCCCAGACGCAGAAGAAGCACAAGACUGAGGGCAAAUGGGGUCGUCUCCUCCCCACCUAGAAUCUCAGUGCUGAGGAUGCUGACUACAUGGCAGGGAGAGUGGGGUUAUAGGGGAGAAUGGUGUCUUUCUCCCCCUAUUUUUUUCUCUUCCCAUCUCUUCCACACAGAAAAACACUCCCAGAAUCCUGUUUUCAGAUCCUUCUUUUCUCUCAUAUAUACAAUAUAUAACCAAUGUAUCUGGGCUCCCCUACCCCACUUAUAUAAGCUCUGGGAUCUGUGGAGAUGCCAGCCCUGCCUGACCAGAGAUGCCAAAAAUGGGGACACAACUUCUGGACAGAGGACGCCACGCCCCCUGUGUCUCCCCACCCUCCGCCCCUCCAGACGGCUUUAUUACCUCAUACGCAGCUCAUCUUAAACCAAUAGAAUUGCUCGGUGGACGAGAGUGUCUGACUCAGAUAUCUACCUCGGAGGGAGUUUCUGCUACUUUAGGGAAUUGUUGACUGAGCUUUGGGGUUGUUGACUGGGCUUUUUUUUUUUUUUUUUUUUUUUUUUUAAGGAAAGAAAAUGAAACCCUGGGAUCCAUCUGUACAUUUUUUUUUUCUUGGUUGGUUCUUAAUUUAGUUUGGGGAAGUAGAUGUUUUUAUAAAUAUGUUGGUCUUUAUUUUUUUUUUUAAUUUCUUGUUUUCCUAUAUUAGGGGUGAUAGUCAAAGGGGUCUAAGAAAAGGGAAAAACAUAGAACUGGUAAAAAGACCCACCUGGCUCCUGUCUUGACCAUCAAUCAGGAAAUUUAGAUUUAGCUGGGUUACCAACCUCGUGCCCCCUAAAAUCAUUUAGACAUUCUCCUUUGCUUAUAAAAUCACGUAGGUGUUUGCUUAUGCGGGCAGUUUACUGCUGUACCUGGUGUGAGGAAAUCCAGCUUGCUCUUCAGGCAAGCCCCUUCUGCAACAAAGCUGGACUCAAUUGUUUUGAGGCAAUAGCACCUCAAAAAGAACCACCUUCCCUUGUGAAUGACAUGCCUUUGAGUCUUCACUUUGCAGAUAGGAGGGGAGGAAAAGGGAGGGACUAUGCCAAGUAGGUUAAAUACGUGUUUGGGUACUUAUGUCUAUCUUCCUCGAUUUCCCCAGAAAUGAAGUUUCUUUCUCAGUCCAAAAUUGAGAGGAGGGAAAUUGCAAAAGCCAGGUGUGGAGGAAAGAAAAAAUGACCAUUGUCCCAUCCUUGGCCCUGAACCAUCUGAACCCCCUCAAACCCGCUCAAACAUCCUCAGGAUUAUAACAAGACUGUCCUAGUGGAACUCUUCCCAUAAAGAUCCAGGCAGUAUUGGGGGGCAGGUUGGGAAUGUGAUGGGUUGGGGUGGGAGGCACGGGCCUGGGGCAGUUCUCUCCUCACUUGUAAACUUGUAGUUUCACAGGAAAAAACAAAACACUGCAAUUUUAAAUAAAGAAAUUUCGUUUUUCCCUGGG